AUGACCCAAUUAGUCUGGCUCAUCACAGGCUGCUCCUCAGGCCUGGGCCUAGAACUCUCCCGCGAGGUCCUGAGAAGAGGCCACCUCGUAAUCGCCUCCUCGCGGUCCCUAGAAAAGACACCCCAUCUCGUCAACGAGAUCCAGCAAGCAGGUGGCCACUGGAUCGCCCUCGACGUCACAAAGGACAGUGUCCAACAACAGGUAGAUAGUGCAGCGCAGAUACACGGACGGAUUGACGUCCUUGUGAACAAUGCCGGCUACGGCAUCGCCGGCGGGUUCGAGGACCUGAGCCUAACCGAUUUCCAAACCCUCUUCAACACAAACCUCUACGGCACAAUCCGCACAACCCAAGCCGCCCUCCCACACAUGCGCGCCGCCCACACCGGCACAAUCAUAAACAUCUCCUCCACAGGCGGCCUCCGCGGCCUCGCCGCCGUCUCCGCCUACGCAUCCUCCAAAUUCGCCCUCGAAGGCCUCUCCGAAUCCCUGGCAGCCGAGUACGCCGCCGACUUCAACAUCCGCGUCGUUCUCGUCGAACCGGGGCCCUUCCGCACUCUUUUCCGCGACCAGCCCACCUUCUCACCCGCCGCGGGGCGUAUGAGCGAGUUCUACAAGGGUACGGCGGCCGAGGGGGUGCUGAAGCACCUCGAGUCCGGGGGCGGGACGCAGGCUGGGGAUCCCGUGAGGGCUGCGCGGCAAAUGUUUGAUUUCGUGGCGGGGCAGGGGUUGGCCGAGGGGUUAUUGGGGGGCCAGGAAGAGGAAAAGGAGAAGAAGGGAGGCAGGGUUUUGAGGCUUCCGUUGGGUAAGGCGGCUGUUAAGACGGCGAGGGAUAAGGUGGCGGAUCUGGAGCGGAAUAUUGAUGCCGUGGCUCAUAUUGCCAAUGCUUGCGACUUUGAUGAGUGA